UAUUUUAAAGAAAAAUCACAAAAAAUCCAGAAGAGCGGGAAAUAUUUCCCUUAUAAUUAAAAAUAUUUAAAAAAUUCGAAACCCAAGACAAAUGAGCGCCAAAAACAGCUGAAGAAAGUCCAACCAAAGUCCCCAAAAAAAAGGAACGCAACUCCAGGAGUAAUAAAUCGUAGAAAAGACAAGAACACCCCCAAAAGGAUUCCCAGCCCGUCUUGGACGGAGCACCGCCAAAAUUCUCACCGCCAGCAGCGCAAUGAACUCGUACUUUGAGCAGGCCUCCGGCUUCUAUGGUCAUCCGCACCAGGCCACCGGCAUGGCGAUGGGCAGCGGUGGCCAUCACGAUCAGACGGCCAGUGCGGCGGCGGCUGCGUAUCGGGGAUUCCCCCUUAGCCUCGGAAUGAGUCCGUAUGCCAACCACCAUCUGCAGCGCACCACCCAGGACUCACCCUACGAUGCCAGCAUCACGGCCGCCUGCAAUAAGAUCUACGGCGAUGGUGCCGGUGCCUACAAACAGGAUUGCCUGAACAUUAAGGCCGAUACGGUUAAUGGCUAUAAGGAUAUCUGGAACACGGGCGGUGGCUCCAAUGGCGGCGGAGGCGGGGGCGGCGGCACAGGUGGCGGCGGAGCGGGAACAGGUGCCGGUGGCAACGGGGCCAACGGUGGCAACACACAGGCCAAUGGCCAAAAUAAUCCAGCGGGCGGUAUGCCCGUCCGCCCCUCCGCCUGCACACCCGAUUCCCGCGUGGGCGGCUACUUGGACACGUCGGGCGGCAGUCCCGUUAGCCAUCGGGGCGGCAGCGCCGGCGGCAAUGUAAGCGUCAGCGGUGGCAAUGGAGGCAACGGCGGCGGUGGCGUCCAGAGUGGCGUCGGUGUGGGCGUGGGCGUGGCGGGAGCGGGCACCGCCUGGAACGCCAACUGUACCAUCUCGGGCGCAGCAGCCGCACAGACGGCGGCCGCCAGCAGUUUACACCAGGCCAGCAAUCACACAUUCUACCCCUGGAUGGCUAUCGCAGGUGAGUGUCCUGAAGAUCCGACCAAAAGUAAGAUAAGAUCUGAUUUAACACAAUACGGCGGCAUAUCAACAGACAUGGGUAAGAGAUACUCAGAAUCUCUUGCGGGCUCACUUCUACCAGACUGGCUAGGCACAAAUGGUCUGCGAAGACGCGGCCGUCAGACAUACACCCGCUACCAGACAUUGGAGCUGGAGAAGGAGUUCCACACGAAUCACUAUCUGACCCGCCGGCGGAGAAUCGAGAUGGCGCACGCGCUGUGCCUGACGGAGAGGCAGAUCAAGAUCUGGUUCCAGAAUCGGCGGAUGAAGCUGAAGAAGGAGAUCCAGGCGAUCAAGGAGCUGAACGAGCAGGAGAAGCAGGCGCAGGCCCAGAAGGCGGCGGCGGCAGCGGCUGCGGCGGCGGCGGUCCAAGGAGGACAUUUAGAUCAGAAUUAGGACGAAUUGGGAUGCAGAUAUGCAUAUGCAGAUACGGAUGCAGAUGCAGAUGCAGAUGCAGAUACAGAAUACAGAUACAAAGCAACUAUAUAUUGUAACAAAUGAACACUAUUUACUUAAAUGAAUAAUAUUUAAAAAUAUUUUGAUGGUACUUGUGCGAAUACGAAACUUAACCUAAAUCGAACCUAAUGGAAUUAUUUCACGAAGCGUUUGAGCAGCAACCGAAAAUACGUAAAUGAAGGCAAAACUACAAACUAAUUAAAUAGGCUAAGUAAAUGAAAGGUAGUGGAAUGAACCUACUUAGACGUAAAAACCGACAAACAAUUUUUAAUUUAGUUCCAAACGAAAGAAAAGAAAAACAAAUGUAGAAAUUCGCAAGCGUAAGAUUUAUGUUUAGACCCUAUAGAGAGGAUCAUCAUUAUCGCUCGAAAUCGAACCCCUGUCCUGCCCCCUUUGUUGCUUACUGCUAUGUUUAAAUUAAUUUUCGCAAGAAAUACUCAAAAAUUAAGUAAAAAAAAACAAACAAGAACUAUGAAAACGUACGAAUAAAAUGUUGAACGCAAGCAAAAUUCUGUUGAUAUGAAUUUUUUGGUUAAAACCAGUUUUAAACCAAUUUAAGAUACGUAAAAAAACAAACACAAAAGAAAUUGAAAACUAUUAAACUUUAACUUAAAUAUAAAUAGAAUUUGUUAGCAAAGUAAACAUAUUACCAGAGUUUGUCGAAGGAGGAUCGAUUCGGAUUCGGAUUCAGAUUCAAAUAUUUGAAUGUGUGUAUAGUUUGUGCUUACCGAAUAAAAUAAUGCAAUUUUAGUUAACUCUGUUUAUUUUUAAACGAAUUUGUUUAGUUCUCACCCCAAAACGACUAAAGUGAAGCUGUUUCUUUAAGUAAUGUGUAGUGUGUUUACCUUUUAAAUUAAAUUAAUGAUUAAUUUUAUUAUUAUUAUGUUUAGUUUAAUGACAAAGCGUUUAUGAGAUUAUCUGACAGAGGCGAUGAGGAGAUACAAACGGCCAA